AUGGCCGCAACUCUCGGACCCGGCUCCGCGCCGCUCCUCCGGCGCCAUCCACUCGCCAGUCUCCAUGGCCGGUGCUCCAACUGCGCGGCUCUGCGCCCAACGCCCCCGGGAGCCAGCUUGCGAGGCCCCCGACGCACGCCCGUCUCGGCGCGCAGCUUCUCCUCCAACACCGGCAAGGGCCCGCGCUUCUCCCAGCGUCUCGGCGAGGCACUGCGCAGCAGCAAGAUCCAAUGGUACCAGAUUCCCGUCGGGGUCGGCAUUGGCUUCCUCGGCCUCGUGCAGUUCUACAAGGUCUCUACGAGGGAACAGGAGAGGCAGAAGGAGCUGCAAGACGGUCAAGGCGAGCCUGGCCAGCACAAGACGCGGCGCAGGGUCCGGCCAGAAGGGCCAUGGCAGGUUCAGGUCAUGUCGACUCUGCCGCUGAAGGCAAUCUCUCGGAUAUGGGGCCGCUUCAACGAGCUGACGAUUCCCUACUACCUUCGAGUCCCCGGAUUCAAGCUGUAUUCCUUCAUCUUUGGAGUCAACCUCGACGAGGUUUCCGAGCCCGACCUUCACGUGUACCCCAACCUGGCAGCCUUCUUCUAUCGCACCCUGAAGCCAGGCGUGCGGCCGCUAGAUGCCGACCCCAACGCUUUAUUGUCGCCCUCAGACGGCAAGGUGCUUCAGUUUGGGCGCAUUGAGGGCGGCGACAUUGAGCAAGUCAAAGGCAUGACGUACAGCAUUGAUGCGCUGCUUGGGAAGAAUACACCAACACCCAGUCUUUUGGAUGGUUCUUCCGGAAAAGGCUUAUAUGAUGGUGAAAGCAGUGCAAGAGAGCGUCGAGGGGAUGAGGAAAUCGUCAAGCAGGAAGAGGAGUUUGCCAAGGUGAACGGCAUUCCUUACACUCUUCCGGACCUGCUUUCCGGGCCUAGUAGCGCAAAGUCCCGGCAAGCGGCGACCGACGAGUCCACAGAAGUGUCGGCGCGAGCCGUGUCCGAGGUGCGCGCAGACCUAGCGCUCGGGGAGAAGGCGUGGUACGACCUCCUGUCUUCAGACCAGACGACAGCCCUCUACUACGCAGUCGUCUACCUGGCGCCGGGCGACUACCACCGAUUCCACUCGCCGACAAACUGGGUAGUGGAGCGGAGACGGCACUUUGCCGGUGAGCUGUACAGCGUGUCGCCGUACUUGCAACGGACGCUGCCCGGGCUCUUCACCCUGAACGAGCGCGUCGUGCUGCUGGGUCGCUGGCGAUACGGCUUCUUCAGCUACAUUCCCGUCGGAGCCACCAACGUCGGGUCCAUCAGGAUCAACUUUGACAGGGAGCUGCGGACCAACAGCCUGACAACUGACACGGCCGCCGACCAGGCCGCCGAGGCAGCAGCGAAGCGCGGGGAGCCUUAUCUCGCGUUCGCAGAGGCGACGUACGAGGGGGCGAGCUCAGUCCUGCAAGGUCACGCACUGCGCAGGGGCGAGGAGAUGGGGGGGUUCCAGCUGGGCAGCACGAUUGUGAUGGUGUUUGAGGCGCCGGCGGAGCAGUACAGGGAGGGCAAGGCCAAGUCGAGGUGGGAGUGGUCUGUGGAAAAAGGGCAAAAGGUCAAGAUGGGCCAGGCUCUGGGGCGCAUCAUCGAAGAGUAA